CCCCCCCACAGUAUAUAAUGGCUGAGUGACCCAGAAAGCAAACAAACUCCUCUGAACAGAGAGGAAAGGUUGUUUGGAUUCCUAGCAGGGCUUCCUGUAGCCCGAGGAUCAGCGGAAGCAGCGCCUGAAGAACAGAUUCUCCUCCAUCCAUCAGGAAGGAGGUGAGGACCAUGGCUGAGCACAUGAUGAUGCCCAUGAGCUUCAGGAUGGGGAUGAACAGUCCUUCACAGAACAAUGGGCAGCCGGGCCUGCGGGGGCUGCAGAAUGGCCCCCUGUCUCACUACAGUAGGAACCCCCAGCACAACAAUGAGGCUGUGAUGAGACAGAGGCCAAACGUUAUGGGACAGGGGGGCCUGGGGGCCCCUGGAAGUGGCAUUGCCAUGGCACACCAUCAGCACCAGAUGUUGUAUACCAGCCAGGGUCCUCAGCAGCAACACCACCACCUGCAGUCCCAGCAGCAGCAGCAGCAGGGUGGACCCCCCCAGCAUUACCUUCCCAGCAGCCUCACAUCCCAGCAGCUCAUGGCCAGCCUGCAUCUACAGAAACUUAACACCCAGUACCACGGACACCCACUGGGAUCCCCCAGUGGCCACCACCUGCCCAAUGGAGCUCAGUACCGCAUGGGCUCAGCACAGCUGGCAGGCAUGCAGCACAUCGGUGGCCAUUUUGGACUAAAUGGAAUGGACAUGGAUCUAAUCGAUGAGGAGGUUCUGACUUCGCUGGUGUUGGAACUGGGCUUGGAUCGUGUUCAGGAGCUGCCGGAGCUCUUCCUGGGACAGAAUGAGUUUGACUUCAUGUCUGACUUUGUGUGCAAGCAGCAGUCCAGCUCAGUGAUCUGUUGAGGUGGUUUGUUUAAACCCCAAAGAGCACAGAAUAGCAGACAAUCUCUGCUUGGAUGUUUCUGUACAGGUCCGUGACACGCCAACCUUUGAACUGAGCUCCCCAUGAGCUAAACAGGGGGCAGGUUUCUCCCUCCCUGGAGCUGGUAAUGAGAAAAUAUGUCUCUUUAGGCCUAAAUGAAGCUUCCAGAUCACCAGGCCCAGUAUGUUAGCGCGGGUCUACCUUCCAUCGUACCAGCUCAUUUUACUGAAUGAGGACAUUUUCCUUUCCUUUUUUAAUUGGAUUUUGGAAGCUGGCUCUUCAAAAAUCCAGAAUCAAAGCAUAAAGCAGUGGAGAGAGUGGGAUCAAAUCUCUACAGAAUGUCUUUGGGUUCAAACUGAACAGUUUGGAGUUUGAUCUGGAAUUAAUUCUGAUGAAAUAAAGGAUGCAAUGAUAUUGAACCUGAUCAGCUGUGACCUUUACCCCCAGCCUCUCCAAAGCCCAGAAGGCCUUGUUUUCUCAUCAGUUCACUUUAUUUCUACAGUCUGUCCCAUCACUUUGUCUGUUUGUGCCAGCAGUCUAUGAAGUUAGACUGAAUUAAUGAUCUGGAUCAGUCCACUUAGAGGGAAGAAGAAACAUCAGCGUUUCAUUUAUUCUGAGAGAGUCAGACCCUCAGCAGAUAACAGGAAGGCUGGAUGGAGUAGAGAAAACAUUCAUCAUCUGUCAGCAAUGCUCUGAUUAAACUGCUCUUUCCUUCAGCCAAUUAAAUCAAUUUGUCAUUUCAUAAAUAAUAACAUUAAUGGCAUCGUGCUGACCGAGGAAAUAUUUAGAUAACUUCAGAAAUAUUUAGUACUGAAGAGAAUGAAGGGGCUUCAGCUCCUGGAUGUGGGAUGGUGAUCAGAGUAUCUUUCAGUUAAAUGGAUCUAAUGUGAUGCACUGAGUCUCUGUACUGAGUCUCUGCACUGAGUCUCUGCACUGAGUCUCUGAUUGACUCUCUGCACUGAGUCUCUGUACUGAGUCUCUGACUGACUCUCUGCACUGAGUCUCUGUA